GCCGGAGUCGGAGCCCGAGGCUGCGGCCGAGAGUGCACGCGACGCCCUCGGUCCAGCCUCGCCGUGGCUCUCCCCCUUCGGAGUGCUCUCCCAUCGCCUCUCUACGGCCGUCCGCGGCCAGGCCCAUCCCCCUGACCCUCACCCCUCAAGCCCUAAGCCCCUCAGUCCGGCCCGGUCCGGCCUCCCCGCGGGGUCACGCGGCCGUCCGGGGGACGAUGAACGGAGGAUAAAUGGUGCCCAAGGCAGACAGCGGUGCCUUCCUGCUGCUCUUCCUGCUCGUGCUCACCGUCACCGAGCCGCUGCGGCCAGAACUGAGGUGCAACCCUGGGCAGUUUGCCUGUCGCAGCGGUGCCAUCCAGUGCAUCCCCCUGCGGUGGCAGUGUGACGGCAGGGCUACUUGUGAGGAUAAGAGUGACGAAGCCGACUGUCCAGAAGUGAUUGGGGAGGCGCGUCCUUACCAUGGGAAGGAGGCUGUGGAUCCACGGCAGGGGCGGGCCAGAGGAGGCGACGCCACACACUUCCACACAGUGAACGUGGCCCAGCCCGUGCGCUUCAGCAGUUUCCUAGGGAAGUGCCCCACCGGGUGGCACCACUAUGAAGGCACGGCCAGCUGCUACCGUGUCUACCUGAGCGGGGAGAACUACUGGGAUGCCUUGCAGACCUGCCAGCGUGUCAACGGCUCCCUCGCCACCUUCUCCACUGACCAGGAGCUGCGCUUUGUCCUGGCCCAGGAGUGGGACCAGCCUGAACGAAGCUUUGGUUGGAAGGACCAGCGCAAGCUAUGGGUGGGUUACCAGUACGUCAUCACUGGCCGGAACCGCUCCUUAGGUCGCUGGGAGGUGGCGUUCAAAGGGUCCUCGGAGGUGGUCAUGCCGCCAGACUCCAUCUUGUCCUCGGCCCAGUCUGAGAGCGACGGUGUGUUCUGCGCCCAGCUCCAGUGCUUCCACUUCCCCAUCCUGCGGCACCAUGACCUCCACAGCUGGCACGCCGAGAGCUGCUACGAGAAGUCCUCAUUUCUGUGCAAGAGAAGUCAGACGUGUGUGGACAUCAAGGACAAUGUGGUGGACGAAGGCUUCUAUUUCACCCCCAAGGGGGAUGACCCAUGCCUGAGCUGCACCUGCCACAGAGGCGAGCCUGAGAUGUGCGUGGCUGCCCUCUGCGAGCGGCCCCAGGGCUGCCAGCAGUACCGCAAGGACCCCAAGGAGUGCUGCAAGUUCAUGUGUCUGGACCCAGAUGGCAACAGCUUGUUCGACUCCAUGGCCAGUGGGAUGCGCCUGGUUGUCAGCUGCAUCUCCUCCUUCCUCAUCCUCUCGCUGCUGCUUUUCAUGGUUCAUCGGCUGCGCCAGAGGCGUCGGGAGCGCAUCGAGUCCCUGAUUGGAGCAAAUUUGCACCACUUCAACCUCGGCCGGAGGAUCCCUGGUUUUGAUUACGGCCCCGAUGGGCUGGGCACGGGCCUUACCCCGCUGCACCUUUCUGAUGACGGAGAAGGCGGGACGUUCCACUUCCACGACCCUCCGCCUCCCUACACGGCUUACAAGUACCCAGACAUCGACCAGCCAGAUGACCCGCCACCACCCUACGAGGCCUCCAUUAAUCCGGACAGUGUUUUCUACGACCCUGCAGAUGACGACGCCUUCGAGCCCAUGGAGGCCAGCCUGCCUGCCCUGGGGGAUGCCAGUUCUGACGGUAUCAUGCCUCAGCACCUGGAGCAGCCCCUACCCCCGCCAGGAUCCUCCUUGGCAGAUCUGGAAGACUCUGUUGACAGCAGCAGCGCCCUGCUCAUGUCCCCUGCACCUGCUCCAGGUGGGAGCACCCCAGUCUCAGAGGCACUGCCAGUAGGUGGCCAGCACAGCCGUAGCCCCCUCAACACUAUGGUGUAGGUGGCCUGGCCCACAACCCCUGUGGGCUGGGAGCGCCUGUUGGCUAUGAGAAGACACUGACCCCUGUAGGGGCUCAGAGGGACCGCCGUACUGCUGCGCACCCGGCAGGCAUGCGUGUGUACAUAGACCAGGAGCAGCCUUUCUCCGAGGGCAGUGAGCAGCUGCACCAAGUUUCCUUGAGAGCUUCAAACACAGGCACUGCCCUGGCUCACUGUCUCUGAGUGGCAGGAGAAAGAUCAGGUGGGUUCAGAUCACAGGGGCCGAGGUGCAGAACUAAAAAGGUACUGUUUGAGGCCGUGGCCAAGACACACACAUCCUUGGUGGAAUUGGGACUUAUGGGCUGUGGUGCCACCCCAGGAAAUUGUCCCCCCCAGCUGCUCCUGUACCUGGAGUGGACAGGGCGUGGGGCUGGCACUAACACCUGUCAGCAUUAUGGAGGGGUGGAUUGUCCAUCUUUUGAGAUUGCUACAGUGCCCCCUCGGGGCCAGCUGUGAGAGAAGGGGAGCUUGGGAGGAGGUUCAAUUCUGCCCUCUCUCCAGCCCUGCCAAGCCAGCUCCAGGGCAGGAGGCAGAGCCCACCCCGAGAUCUCUUCGUGACAUUGCAGUGCAUGGCUCCCCAGGCUGUGGAGGUGACUGGGGCCUGGGGGGACUAAGCCAGCCAUGCUCCUGAGCCUUGGGUCUCCACCCUAUAUUAUACUUCCCUGGGUCUAUCUGCUGUCUCCACCCUACCACCUUUUUGUGCCAUAAAAGGGUGUUUCCGGGGGUUGGGGGAGUGGCUGAAACCAACACCCCAGGCUGUGUCCAUCUCCCAAGAGCCCAUUUCCUGCACCACCACCUCUGGAGCCUGUGCUGCAUGCCCACCUCCUUGGCAGCUCUUGCAGUUGGGGAGGCCUUUUGCCCUGGGACUGGGGGGCCAGGGACCCUCCACACUGUCCUGUCCCGGGCCGUGGCCUUGUGUCCUGACAUAGACCUUUAGCAUUUCUGAGGUUUGGAGAUGAAGCGGGUUCUGUGCGAUUUUCAGCACAUCCAUAUCUUUUCUAUGUUGACUGUCUGGGUUGUUAUUUUUGUCUGUGUGUGUGAGAGAGAGUGAGUGAGUGAGUGAGUGUGUGUGUGUGUGUGUGUGUGUCCAAACCUUUGCAGGUGGGGCUGGUACGCAGGGACUUGGGAGGUGAGCUGUGAGGAGUGACCAGAGUAUGGGCUGGGCGUGCCUUGCGACAACAGACCUCUGUGCACUGCGCCUUCUAGCACAUUCUCACGCUCUGGUUGGAGACCCAUUUUGUCCUCCUGGUGUUGGAAGGGCGGGUGAGUGGCUCUGCAGACCUGCCCUUUGUCCCUGAGCUGGCCGCAGAUCUGGAUUUCUCACUGGCUCAACCCACAGGCCCUUCUGGAGAGCUGCUGCUUCCCUGAGAGUCGUUCUCGCUUCUUGGCCCUUUGGCUAAGAUCAGGUGAGAAUCGUCAUGGCUGUGAGGAUGGAGGAAAUGGCCGUGUUCCCAGUGAGACCAGCCUGGCACAGCAUCUCCCAGGCCACAGAACCUACGGACAGGGCAGGGCAAUGGGCACGUGGUGUGUGGGAUUGAGAAACUUCCUCUGGGGCCAGAGGGCAGGCAUGUGGCAGGGGUUGAAGAAGGACGAGGAUUCAGAAAACACUAGGACUGCAGUGGGGGGUGCUUGCUCAGGACCCCAACUGUGGGUGCCCCUCAUCAGGCCGCCCGGCUGUAUCCCAGUCUGGCACCCUGAUCUGCCUGUAGUGUCUUGUGACUGCCCGCUGUGAGGGGAGCCAGGAGAGCUGAGAUCUGCCCAUCCACUUUCAUUCUGCAUCAGCCCACUUGGGCUUGGUCUGCGAGCCAGUGUUCCAGCUCACUUCAGGGAGGUGCUUCCCCAGGCCCCCCAUACUGGGCCCAGUGGGACCUCCUCCCCCAGGUCCUCUGCCACUGCUUGUGGGGAGACCAGAUGCCUGCUGGCCUGCCCGGCAGAGGUGGAAUUUGAUACUGUACAUUGUCUCAAUGCCUGUUUUUAUGUUUUCCUUUCACUAAGGGUUUUUAGUUUGGGUUUAUUUUUGAUUGGGUUGGCACUAAUCCAUUUCUUAAAAUGCUGUGAGAACCAUUACAUCCAAAUGCCAAAUAAACUUGUGUUCUGGAA